UAUCAAAGCCCAUCGCGUGGAGCCUCACUUCUUUUGUCCAACGUUUAUCGCUCGCGCUUUCGCCAUUUUUUUGUUAAAAAUGUUUUUUGAACGUUAGAUUGGUUACACGCUCGUCCACUUCGGCUUUCGGAAGAAUCGGGGUCUUCUUUGUUUUUGCGGAGUUUCUUCUGAGUUAUUUGGUUCACAGUUUUCAUAGGAUGGAUUUUGAUGAGUAUGAAUAUCUGGAGAAUACAGUGGAAAAUCCGGAACUUAAGAAGUUGGAAGAUAAGGCAAAUGAGGUAAUUGAGCAUGAAGAGAAAGAUAGGAGUCGGAGUUCAAAGCACAGAGGUGAUGAUGAUGCUGAUGACUUGGAACGGCUGUCAAAGCGGUCGAGGUCAAGGAAAGAGUCUCAUGACCAUGACAAAGAUAGGAGCUCUCGCUAUGGCUCAUCUUCUAGAGAUAGGGAGAAAGGGGAGAGAGACAGACAUAUUAGUAGUCGGGAGCUUCGAGACAGGGACAAGGAGCACGGAACUGGAAAGGAGAGAAAUAGGGACAGGGAUAGAGAUAGGGAAAAAGAGAGGGAUAGUGACAAGAAAGGGGUUGGUAGCAGAGAGAGGAGAGAACGUGAAUCUGAAAGGGAGAGAAACAAGGAAGAGGAACGAGAGAGGUCAAAGCGAAGCAGGAGCUACUCAGAAAGGAAUCAUGAUGACCAGGGAAGAGAAAAAACUAGGGACAUGGAAAUCAUUGAUAGUGAUUAUAAAGAAAGGCGAAGAGAAAGGAAAUUCGGAGAUCGAGCCCAUGAAAGCAGAAGAUACAAAGAGAAAAAAGAAGAUGUGGUGGAGCCAGAAGCUGAUCCUGAACGAGAUCAGAGAACAGUUUUUGCUUAUCAGAUUACCUUAAAGGCAGGUGAACGAGAUGUAUACGAGUUCUUCUCCAGAGCUGGCAAGGUCAGAGAUGUAAAGCUUAUAAUGGAUCGCAAUACCAGACGCUCCAAAGGGGUUGGAUAUAUUGAAUUUUAUGAUGUAAUGUCAGUUCCUAUGGCAAUAGCUCUCUCUGGUCAGCCUCUUCUUGGUCAGCCUGUCAUGGUUAAGCCAUCAGAAGCUGAAAAGAAUCUCGUUCAGUCUACAUCUGGAGGAGGUGGGCUUACUGGCCCAUACUCAGGGGGAGCGAGAAGGCUGUAUGUUGGUAAUCUGCCAGUUGCUAUCAAAGAAGAUCAGCUUCGCCAGGUUUUUGAAUCUUUUGGAACAGUUGAGCUGGUCCAGAUGCCGAGUGAACCGGGAACUGGGAAUUGCAAAGGUUAUGCUUUUAUACAGUUUGCACGUCUUGAAGAUGCAAAGGCUGCUCAGAAUUUAAAUGGGCAACUGGAGAUCGCAGGUCGUGUGAUCAAGGUGUCUGCUGUCACAGAUCAGGUAGGAAUGCAAGAUGCAGGGGCAAAUAUUGCUGAUUUUGAUGAUGAUGACGGCACUGGCUUGUCAUUGAAUGCACACUCUCGAGCACUUCUUAUGCAGAAAUUGGAUCGCACUGGCACUGCUUCAAGGUUCAAUACCUUUCUGUUUGCAGCCUUUCUGGAUUUUCAUGCUAAUAUUUCUCUUACAUCAGUUUUCACCUUUUGCAGCUUCACUGAUUCAUCAGCAGCAGUUCUUGGACAAAUUUCCGUUCCAGUGUUACCUGGGUUGGCGGAUGCAGCUCUGUCUAUACCUGCACUUACUGGUCCUCCCAUGGAUACUAUUGGUGCUCCCAGUGAAUGUUUAUUGCUGAAAAACAUGUUUGAUCCAAACUCAGAGGCCGAACCAGAUUUUGAUCUUGAUAUCAAGGACGAUGUCCAGGAAGAAUGUUCAAAAUUUGGUAGAUUAAAGCAUAUCUAUGUUGAGAAGAACUCUGCUGGUUUUGUAUACCUGCGUUUUGAAAAUGCUGAAUCCGCAAUUGCCGCACAACGUGCACUUCAUGGUAGGUGGUUUGCUGGAAAGAUGAUUACUGCAACAUUCAUGCUUCACCAUAAUUAUGAGGCUAAAUUUCCUGAUAGCAGCGGCUAGGAAGUCUGCGGUGGGAGAUGGGUUGCUAAAGAACUUGCUUACACACCUUCCUCAAUUUUGAUUUGUUGGGUUGGGAUGAAUUUCGGCACGAGAUGUUGCUAAAGAACUUGCUUACACACCUUCCUCAAUUUUGAUUUGUUGGGUUGGGAUGAAUUUCGGCACUACAUCUCGUGCGCAUGAUUUCUGGAUGUAAUUUGAGCGUGGGUGCUAACACUCUAGAUGGCUGAGAGUCAUGGCAAACUCUCUUCUGCCAUAAAGAGAGUUGUGAUGUAUGUGACGAAAUUUAUGAUUCUGGUUAAUUUGUUAACUUCUGAAAAGUCAAAUGUACCAUAAGCCCCA